AAAUCACAUAAGAUCGUUAGGAUCAACAUUAACAUCACUUACACAUCAUCGUCAUCAUCCUCAACCUCACCCUUACUCUCAUCGUUUUUAUUUGUUUAAGGACUAAUAUCAUUACUCUUAUGAUCACUUGAAGUACUUUCACCAUUAACCAUAUUUCCUUGAUUACCAUCAUCUGGAAAAGAUAACUCAUUGAUUGAUGCAUUCCCUUCAUAAUUGAUAAAAGGUCGGGUUAGUGGUGCUGAAGGAUUGGGAGAUGAAGAAAAGCUUGCAAUGUAAUGGAGAUUUGGAUUAUUGUGAGGGUGGUGGGAACAAACUACAAGUUAAUUGGGAGGGUGGAAGAUAUCGUUGAUGGAAGGAGUUGGGCGCCGACGUGUGAAAGAGGAAGAUACGAGGAAGAUAAUGAAAAUAAAUUGAGGGUUAACUAUCAGGUUGGGGUUGUGUUGUUCAUUAUGUUGGGUUGGGGAAAGUAACUUUGACUCGGUUCAUGGGCAUAACCCAACUUGACCGGCCUAAUUUUGAUCCAAUUGAUAUGAACCUUGAAAUCGUACAAAAUCGUAGAAAUCGUAGAUUUUAAGGAUUUUAGAGUUUUAAAUCGGGAUUUUAUGAGAUUUUAAGGUUCAAAGAUUUUACAUUAAAAUCAGGAUCGGAACCCAUAGGUAAGAUCGUAAAAUCGUAAGAUUUUAAGAUUAAAAUCGGGAUUUUGACUACAUUGUAUUGAUGUGCAUGCAAAUUAUAGUAUAGAAAGUACUUCUUUUGAUUUAUGGGCAUGGCAUAAUCGAUUGGGGCAUGUUAAUUUUAAGACUCAGAAAUACAUGUCUAGAAAUGGUUUAGUAGUUUGUGGUGAUGAUAGUGGAGAUAAAUGUGAAAUCUGUGUGCAAGCUAAGAUGAAGAGAAAGCCAUUUCCUAAGUUGGUUGACAGAAAAUCAGAAUUGUUAGAAUUAGUACAUUCUGAUAUUUGUGAAUUUCAUGGUCAGUUAACUAGAGGAGGAUGUAGGUACUUCAUUACUUUCAUUGAUGAUAGUACUCGAUUUACCUAUGUCUAUUUAAUGCAAACCAAGGAUGAAGCCUUUGAUAAGUUUAAGUUGUAUAAAUCUGUUGUUGAAACUCAAAAGGGUAGGAAAAUACAAAUCCUUCGAAGUGACAGAGGUGGAGAGUAUUUUCCAAAUAACUUUAACGAGUUUUGUGAGCAACAUGGUAUAAUACAUCAAAGGACUGCUCCUUACACCCCACAACAGAAUGGAGUAGCAGAAAUAAAAAAUGGAGUUCUUUCUGACAUGAUUAAUGCUAUGUUGAUGAAUGCUAGUGCUCCAAACAAUCUGUGGGGCGAGGCUUUGCUAACAGCCUGCCAUGUACACAAUAGGAUUCCGUCUAAGAAGCUAAGGGAAUCUCCCUAUGAGUUGUGGAAGGGAAGGAAACCGAACUUGAGUUAUCUUAGAGUUUGGGGCUGUCUUGCUUUCUACAGAGUCCCAGAUCCUAAGAGAACUAAGUUAGGACCACGAGCUUUGAAAGGUGUUUUUCUUGGAUAUGCAGAAAACUCAAAAGCCUAUAGGGUUCUGGAUUUAGAAUCUAAUGUGGUUGUGGAAUCGAGAGAUGUUGAGUUCUUUGAGAACAAGUUUCGACGUGACUCUGCAAGUGUAGAACCAUGUCGAGUUACUUCUGUAGAUUUCUCAAAUGAGUCUAUCUCUGCUCCCGAUUUUGACAUUGGUUCUAGUAGCAAAAGGCCUUUAGAUGAACCUGCUGCUAAUGAACCACGAAGAAGUCAAAGGGCUCGAAAGGAAAAGAGUUUUGGUCCAGAAUUUAUUGAUCCUCAAGAUAUAGUCUUUCUUGUAGAGGGAGAUAGGUUGAAUAAGGUUACAAGAAAGAUACCCAUUUUGUUCCAUGUGCAAGACGAUCCCAAAACCUAUCAAGAAGCAAUGGCUUCUAGAGAUUCUGCCUUUUGGAAUGAGGCUGUUAAUGAUGAGAUGGAUUCGUUAUUAAUAAAUAAGACUUGGGUUCUUGUGGACCUGCCUCCUGGAUCUAAGGCUAUUGGAUGCAAAUGGGUAUUUCGCAUUAAGUAUAACACAGAUGGAUCAAUACAUACCUUCAAAGCUAGACUGGUUCCAAAAGGGUUUAGGCAAAAGGAAGGAGUAGAUUGCUUCGACACCUAUGCACCAGUUGCAAGAAUCACUUCCAUAAGAGUGCUUUUAGCCUUGGCUUCUAAUUACAAUUUGCACGUACACCAAAUGGAUGUAAAGACGGCAUUCUUAAAUGGUGAGUUAGAUGAAGAAGUGUAUAAGGAGCAACCAGAAGGGUUCGUGUUGCCUGGAAAUGAAGGAAAGGUGUGUAAAUUGCAAAAGUCAUUGUAUGGACUUAAGCAAGCACCUAAACAAUGGCAUGAGAAAUUUGAUUCUGUUGUUUUGGCUCAUGGAUUUUCUCAUAACUCUGCUGAUAAGUGCAUUUAUUCAAAGUGCACAAAAGAGUAUAUGGUCAUUAUAUGCCUUUAUGUUGAUGAUAUGUUGAUAAUAGGAACUAACAUGAAAGGCAUAAAUGAGACCAAAGAGUAUCUAACUUCCUGCUUCCAAAUGAAAGAUCUUGGAGAAGUAGAUACUAUAUUGGGCAUCAAAGUAAAGAAACAUAGUGGGGGUUUUGCUUUGAGUCAGUCACAUUAUGUCGAGAAGAUGCUCAAGAAAUUCGAGCAUUUGGAUAUAAAGGAGGCUAACACCCCUUAUGAUGCAUCUUUUAAGCUUUGUGCGAAUGAGGGAAGGGCAAUGGCACAAGUUGAGUAUUCUAGUGCUAUUGGAAGUUUGAUGUAUGCAAUGGGAUGUACUAGGCCCGAUAUUGCAUUUGCGGUGGGCAAACUUUCUAGAUUCACUAGUAAUCCUAGUGCCGAUCAUUGGAGAGCCAUAGGAAGAGUCUUUGGUUAUUUGAAAAGAACCAAAGAUUUGGGACUCUUCUAUAGCAACUUCCCCGCUGUACUAGAAGCAUUUUCUGAUGCUAGUUGGAUCACGAGCGCUAGUGAUAAUAAAUCCACAACAUGAUGGAUUUUUACACUAGGUGGUGGAGCUGUUUCUUGGGCUUCAAAGAAACAAACAUGUAUUUCACACUCCACUAUGGAAGCCGAAUUCCUAGCCCUUGCGGCGGCUGGAAAAGAAGCAGAAUGGCUAAGAAACAUGUUGUUAGAUAUAGAGUUGUGGGCACAACCGAUGCCAGCCAUUUCUGUCUUCUAUGAUAGUGAGGCUACAUUGUCUAGAGCUUAUAACAAGAUUUAAAAUGGUAAGUCUAGACAUAUUAGCCUAAGACAUGACUACGUUAGGUAUUUGAUUACUAAUGGAAUCAUUUCUAUUGUGUAUGUAAGGUCAUGCAACAAUUUGGCAGAUCCUCUUACAAAGGGGCUGCCAAGAGGCAUGAUCUAUGAGACAUCCCAAGGGAUGGGAUUGAGACCUUUUGUAUAGUUAGAAGUAAUGGAAACCCAACCUUUUCUUUAGAUAUUCCCUAAUUAAAAGGUUCAAUGUGGUAAUAACAAGUUACUCUAACUGGGAACUAGUUUAUUGUACAAGUAAAUUAGUUGUAAGAAGGGUGAGUUAUAGAACUCUUAAUGACGUUCAUUUGGAAUGUCACCUAUGUGAGCAUUUGGAGUGGUGCCGCUCUAACAAAAGUAAAGGUCAACUUUUGUAUAUGCUCAUGAAACAGGAUAAGCACAUGGCCAUAAUAGUGCUACCCUUGUUGGUGGUUGUGUUUUAGAGAAGAGACGACUACGUGUGUGGUGUCUCCGGUUCUAGCUUUGGAUCUUGACUCCUAGGCUUAAGCCCGUCAUUGAUUCGCUAUUAACUUUGAGAUGCUUACACUAAGUAAAGGUUCAAAUCGAAAAGAUACCUUUAUGUAUGCGUUACUUGUUCAAGGCAGGUAUUCUCGACUCUUAUUGACUAAGUGGGGGAUUGUUAGAGUAGUCAAAGAGUAAAGGAAAUACCACAUUGGUGGGAGAAAGAAAGUGCAAGUUGUUUUUAAGUUUGCUUUCCACUUUAGUUAUUGGAUAAAGUGGUUAGUGGGCUUUUGGAAAAAGUGUGGGCUAUUUAAUUGGACAUAUUAAAUCGCACUACGCACUUAGCACUUAGCACGUUUGCGCGACGCGUUCCGAUUUGAAUUUUUGGCUAAUUAAUUACCAGAAUUAUUUUAAUUAAUUAAUCCGGAUAAUUAUUUGAUUUUGAGAUUUGUGAAACGACGCAACCCUUCGGAAGGGAACUGCCGUUUUCACUAUAAAAGUCUUCUGCAGCCGAAUUUCUGUUCCAACGUUCAUCUUCUUCUCUUCGUUUUUCCUUCUCCAAAAACACAAACACAGAAGUCAGAAAGGUUGUUGCUUUCAGACUUUGGUUGAAGAGACUCCUGGGGGUGGUUUGCCUAAUUCCUACCAGCAACAAAGUAGUGGGGGCAAAUAACACUCUAAGGAGAGUGAUUAAUCACGCCUUCAAUCGUUCUCUUCCAUACUGUAUCCCUGACACCAAGUGAUACCCAUACUUGACCAAAAACGCUACAAGCUAGUUUAUCCGAUAACACAAUGGUCGAUACUGUUAAUUUGACUUCUCAAAUACAUAACGUAGCUAGCACCUGAACGUAUAUUAAAAUUACGAACAUCGUGACACUCGUCGGGCCCGAAUUGUCUCUGAUGGCGGCUUCCUAAUUCCCUUCUUGGCCGCAUUCAAUGAAGCAGUUGCAUAAGUUUUUUUUUACUGUAAAGCAGUUGCAUUAGUUGGUGGUGGAUGUUGGGAAAAUAAUCCCAUGUAUUCCUUCUUUUCUUGUCAUGAACCCUCCAAAAUUACAACGUUUUCUGAGAUACAAACCAACAAGGUUUUAUUGUUGCGACCAAUUUUUUUUCCAUCGGUGAUACCAAAAGGUGGGGAAUUUUUUUUAUUUUACUUAAUAAAGAUUUUGAUGUUUC